AUGCUUUCCUGGAUCUACCCAUUGCGAAUCGUGCAGGCCAUCCUGUCCCUGGCUACAAUUGGUCUUACUGCAUAUGAAAUCGCCUCUCUAUACGACGAAUGGUCCUACUCAAAUGUCAUCUACUACAUGCUCUUCAACGGCUGCUGGACAACAGCCAUUGCAGUCCCCUACCUGGGCCUCGCACCUGUAGCCUAUCCUCGCUUCUCACAUGAAGUUGCCAUUCCUCUUAUUGAGCUGAUCACCGGCGGCCUCUGGCUCAGCGGUUGGAUCGCCUUGGCCGCCAUGAUCCCCUCGCCUGGUGCAUGCCACUAUUCCAGCUGCCAUGCCCUCCAGGCUUUGAUUGUCGUCGGGGCUGUCCAAUGGGCUACUUUCGUCGUCACAAACGCCUUUGCCAUCAUAGACGUGAAGAACUCUCGUCGCAACGCGAAGAACCACCGUGACGAGGCUUCCCCGGAGAUGGCUGAUGCUGGCGCCAACAAUACUACUACCGCCACUACCGACGCUGUCUAG